AGCACCAGUACCAUGGUCCCCGACCUAACGUGAAUGCCAAAUUCGGCCAGUACCAAGCCUCCCUUGAGCAUCACGUUAUGAGGCUGCACAAUGCCUCGUCCAAGGAAGCGGAAGCGUCCGGACUCCGUCAAAGGCGGUUUAGAUGCUAGACCGCCAGUAAAGAAAGGGAAGACACAACCUGAGACCAGUCAGCAGUCGGCGCCUGUGCAAGCCCAGCAUGCUGUACUCAACCAAUUCUAUCCGCAGGUACUUACCUUGCGUAAUUAUGUCCUCUCUAAGCUACCUGCUACUUCUAGACUUAGAAGAAAAAAGGUCGCUGCCGUCGGCAUAGCCAAGAAGCCUUCGGACUCGGCUCUUUCGGAUGUAGAGCAAUCAUUGGGCAUUUUACUUGACAGCACCCUCGUCGGAAUUCCAGAUGGACUACGAAGUCCGGAAGAUCAUAUUUUGGUGGGAUGGAAGAACUUCUCCCAAAAGGGGGACGAGUCCUACGUCACCCUGUCUAACGGCGUUGCUGGAUUUGUCGAGACACAGACACUUCUACUAGAAUACGUUGUAAGAACAUUAUUCUCGAGGGAAAAGACAGGCACAUGGCCGAAGCAUCUGCUCUGCGACGGCUUCACCACAAAUCGUGGCUUAGGGCUGCGUCAAAUUCGACCUAACCCGCAUUUUGAGGCGUUAAGAGAGCCACCAUGGCCGCAAGUCCUCGCCUUAAUGGGCGAGUCGGGAGAACGCAUCAUGAUGGACUUACUCCUUGACUGCGCCAUUUUUAUCACCGUAGAAGCAGGUGCGAAUAAUUUUUGUCAGAUCAGUGGAAAGCCGCUGUCGGAUGUUGAGGCUAGUAGCCACGAGAAGACGGGACAGCGACUCGUUAGCGAUGCUGCGAAAACACCAUCAGAGAUCGUCUUCGUUCGUAAUCGCAUGCUGUACGCGAGAGCUGCUCUGAAUGCCCGAGGUGUCGUACACUUUGGUCUUAGACAUAUCCAUGUAUUGAAUCGAUCUCCGUAUAGCCAGCUUGGCGAGGAGGAGGGGCAACCAGAUGAAAGUAGGCAGAAAACAAGCCUACAGAAUGAAGCCCAUACUCUGAGAAUCAUGAUGUACAUGUUCCCUCGUCAAUUUGGACUUCACAACGCGUUUACCUCGAAGGUCAAUUUCAAGGAAACAUCACAAAGGCUCAAAGAUUAUACGCUAAGGGAAGAAGAAAUCUUACAAAAGUUUGGCCGACUCAAUGAGUCGACUACUCGAGUCAAGACUCCUAAAAGAUUGAGAGGUUUAGUCACGGAAUUGAUACGAAAACUACAGAUCUUACACCAACGUUGCUCCUACUCAAAGCUCAUCCAACACCACUGCCCAGUAAGUCCUUGUAGCCGUCAAAAGUCAACAGAACUGACUUUUCAAGCUUCACGAUUCACUUGAUCACCGAGAAAUUGAGGUAGUUGAAGCCGGUGUUAUCCGUAAGGUUUCUCGUAAAGUAGAUGUGUUGCGAAAGAAUAUUACACCGCAGUUCCAAAAGCAACCACCUCUAGUCCAAGGGAGCUCAAUACCGUCUAUCUUUGAUCUAGCAACUCCAUCUGCGAAUAUUUCUGCCUUCUGCCAGGCCGUUCUGAAAAACAUUGUUCCUAAUGACUUCUGGGGCAAUAGCUCCGCAGCUGAACAUAAUGAGAACACGUUUCUCAAGGAAAUAGAUCAUU